CGUUGUUCCCUUCCUCUCUCCAAAACCUCAAUUUCGUUCCCAAGACCUCUUUCUCUCUCCUCUCCGUCCCUCCUCGAUCCUCCGCCGACAAUGUCACCACCUCCCCCCGGCGCUACCCCCGCGAUCGAGCCUCCUAAGCCGGCCGCGGUAGUCAAAGAGAUUCCGCCGUCGCCGCCGGCGGAGAGUGGUGCGGUCGGGGGUGGAGAGACGAAGACGGUGGGCGUACUCCAGGAGUCGAGGUGGGUUGAUGGGACAUGGGAUCUGAAGCAGUUCGUGAAAGAUGGGAGCACCGAUUGGGACGCUGUAAUCGUUGCUGAGGCAAGGAGGAGAAAAUGGCUGGAAGAGAAGCCGGAAAAAAGCAGUAACGAGGAACCAGUGUUGUUCGACACCUCCAUUGUACCAUGGUGGGGAUGGAUGAGGAGAUACCACCUUCCAGAAGCCGAGCUGCUCAAUGGCUUCAUGGCGUACUUGGUGGACCAAAUGGGAAACUUGUUCUACAAGACACUCUUGUUCAUAGCUGUGGCCGGAGUUCUUAUCCAAGAGGUUACUUUAUACGACCGUCAAUGGCAAGUCCCUUGGAUAGACGAUGACUCCAACACCAUUCACCGCUUCUACUUUAUGUGAUAAUAGUACUGGUAUAAAUGAAGCCUACCCCUAUUUAUAGCUUCCUCAAGAAGUAGGCCCGGAUGAUGAGAAGAAGGCGGUUUCAUGUAUAAAUGAAGUGUUAUAAAAUGAGAUGCGA